AGUUUAAUAAAUACAGGAAAAGUGAGCAGCAGAGAAACGGAAGUGGAGAGAAGAAGAAGAAUGCAGAGUGUGACUCAAUGUGAAGACCAGUUGAACACAGCGAUCAGAGCAAGAGAUUAACUGAAAAAACUACGUGAAGUGAAGGAUUCUGGGAGAUAUUUACUGUCUCUGAGAGGAUCCAUCUGGAGGUUCUGGACACCUAGGAGCAACAUGAAGAUCCUCACGGUCACCUUCUGUCUGCUACCAGCUCUUUGUUGCUCAGGAAAAAUGGAAGUGACUGGACAUGUAGGACAGGACGUCACUGUCCAGUGCUCUCACACUUUGGCACGAAGUAAUGGGAAGUACUUCUGUAAGGGACACUGUUCCAGAGAUGCUGAUGUUCUCAUUAAAAGUGAAUCUCAAAGCAAUAAGAAGAUCGGGAGGUUCUCACUGUAUGACAAUGGAACGGGAACCUUCUGGGUGACCAUCACUGGACUGAAGAAGACGGACACUGGGACAUACUGGUGUGCAGUGGAUCGGGCCAUUAGAGACACUUUCACAGAGGUGUCUCUAACGGUACUCGAUGCUCCUCAUCCUGGUUCUACACCAACCGUCACCCCCACAGCUCCUCAGUCCACAGCAGCCCCACCUGAAACCACUAGAUCCAGCCAGGUUGGAGGACAGACUACAGGUGUUGGUAAUGUGUCACAUGUGACAUUUUUGGAGGAGACAACAACAGUGGAAGAGCAACAACGUUCUUCAGCAAAAACCACAUCGUUAACAACCAGCACAGCAGCAACAAAGUCUUAUGAGCUGCUAUCUCUUGGGAGUGGGCUGGUCGCCAUAGUAAUGGUGUUGGCAUUGGCUGUGUGCAUUUUCGUGAAAGUUCAGCGCACAUCCAGGAAGUCAUUGGGAUCUGCUCCUUCCUGUCACAGGGUGCCAUCGGAUCCAGCGAGACCAGGGGAGAUUCCCCACACUGAGUACAACAAUAUUGAAAUCAACAAUUUGAACCAGCAGCCAGGUGGAGCCCCUGCCAUAUAUGAAGACCUUCCAGACACGCUGAACUAUUCCUCUGUCGAAUUUCUCCGAAGUCAAGAAUGUCCAACCUACUCCAGCAUCACCCGAACCAGAAAGGUCUGCGAAACGCCAGGAGAUGCCACCAGAAGCUCGAACUCAGUGCUGUACUCCACUGUCAACUUACCCCGAGAGCAACCAGACUCGGCGCUGUACUCCACUGUCAGCUUACCCCGAGAGCAACCAGACUCGGCGCUGUACUCCACUGUCAACUUACCAUCCAAUUAACAUCUUCUGCAUUUUUGCUGAUUUCAUCAGCAUUUCUUAUCACCACAAAGUGACACAUCAAAGUAGGUUAUUCAGGUAGAACAGCAAAGAUAAUUUGUGAAAAAGCUCCACUGCGGCUAAAGCCUGCACGAAAAGUGUAACCACAGGAAGAGGACCGUGGAGGACCAUGAGCUGAGAAAGUGUGUGCAGCAACCUGAUCUUACAUGAACGUAUGAGUGAGGUAAAUAAUUGCUCUUGGUGUGUGGAGAUGUGGGCCUGUGGUUUGCUUCCCUGCUUUCAAUGCGUGAAUUUAUACAAUUGAACACAAAUGGAAAGAGCUGAAAGGCCCCUCAGAAUAAAACAGUUUAUGACUUCCGGUGUGAGACGUGCCGGAGCGACAGUGCGGUCUUUCGCCAGCUGAGCGUCCAGAACCCGAGAGCCUUUACCUCCGAGCAAAGAAGGAAAGAGUGAAAACCUGACACACCGAAAGUGCCUGUUUUUCUUUUUGUUUUUUUGGGUGGGGGGCUCCAUUUUCAUAUUCAGACUCCUUGUCUUGGCCAUGUGGCUGAAAAAGGAAAGUAGAGAAGUAACUUAAACUGACACACUUCCUCCCACAUGUACUUUGAAGAUGCCGUUACACACAGCUGCAGCGCCGCUGUGCUGUUACUCUGUUCAGUUCAUAGUGUGUGCAUUGAUUUGUGAAUGAAACUUCACUUAUUACAACUUGUUCUCGGCUGUCUUUAAAAUGAGUGUUUCAUGUCUGAGGAGUCUUUUGCACGUUGCUAUAAAUAUUUGGAGGUUUGAACAGACAAUUGGUGCUCAGUUUCACACAGCGGUUGUUUGGUUGGUCUGUGCUGCUGUGGUCUGUCUUGUUGGAAUGGAGACUGAGUGGAGCUCCUCACCACGUUUCACCUCCCAACAUGGGCGCCCAAGGCCAGUCGAUCUUCACCAAUGUCCCUUUGUGGUGUAAAAAGGUAACUUUUGGUACA